GAGGGAGAGAAGUGAGACCAGAGGAAAACCACAGUGGUUGCCAACUGAUGAUCGGUCACAGCAAGCCGCUGCGCUCUGCCGCUCUGGAUCCAGCUGAUUAUUUUUCACCCGCGCACGGUUUCCCCUCCACUCUUCUUCCUCGCGUCGUUUUAGCAAACAUUUGUCUUCUCUUCGUGUAAUGCCAGAGCAGCAGGAUGCUUGAGGAGGAGCUGAAUCUCUCCUGGAAAGCCUGAAAGAUGAAAAUGGGAAGAAAAAACACCUGUUAGGUAUUUUUAUUCCUCCUGAAUGAGGAUGCUUCAACGCCACGCAUGCUGAGAUUUUAGGACUUCUUCCAGCAGAGAGAGGAGGACCUAACCCCGAAGAGGAGGGAGUUUAAAAGAAGUAAAUAUGAACACCACAGCUCAGCAAGGAUUGAUCCCAGGCUGCCUGAACAGGAGUCUCUGUUUAGGAACUCCGCCAGACAAAGACUUCUCUGGAGAGGAGAAGGAUUCCUCUGCUGGAUGCUACGAGCAGCUGCUGAUUUCCACGGAGGUGUUCCUCACUCUGGGCAUCAUCAGCCUGCUGGAGAACCUCCUGGUUGUGGCUGCCAUCAUCAAAAACAAGAACCUUCACUCCCCGAUGUACUUCUUCAUCUGCAGCCUGGCAGUCGCCGACAUGCUCGUCAGUGUCUCCAACGCCUCGGAGACUAUCGUCAUAGCGCUGAUCAACGGAGGCAGCCUGACCAUCCCCGUCACGCUGAUCAAGAGCAUGGACAACGUGUUUGACUCCAUGAUCUGCAGCUCUCUGCUGGCCUCCAUCUGCAGCCUGCUCGCGAUCGCCGUCGACCGCUACAUCACCAUCUUCUACGCGCUCCGAUACCACAACAUCGUCACCAUCCGGCGAGCGAUGCUGGUCAUCGGCAGCAUCUGGACCUGCUGCACCAUGUCCGGCAUCCUGUUCAUCAUCUACUCGGAGAGCACCACGGUGCUCAUCUGCCUCAUCACCAUGUUCUUCACCAUGCUGGUGCUCAUGGCGUCGCUCUACGUGCACAUGUUCCUGCUGGCGCGCCUGCACAUGAAGCGCAUCGCGGCCCUGCCGGGCAACGCGCCCAUACAGCAGCGGGCCAACAUGAAGGGCGCCAUCACCCUCACCAUCCUGCUGGGCGUGUUCGUGGUGUGCUGGGCCCCCUUCUUCCUGCACCUCAUCCUCAUGAUCACCUGCCCCAGGAACCCCUACUGCACCUGCUUCAUGUCCCAUUUCAACAUGUACCUCAUCCUCAUCAUGUGCAACUCCGUCAUCGACCCCAUCAUCUACGCCUUCCGCAGCCAGGAGAUGAGGAAGACCUUCAAGGAGAUUUUCUGCUGCUCGCAGGCUCUCUUGUGUCUGAGCCUUCUGUGACACGCUCUCAGAGAGCGGCGGGAAGCCCUUCAGGUAUUUCAGCUGUGGUCAGCGUGCUCCGCCGUGCUCCGGGUCUGCUGUAAAUAACCGAGAAAGUCGACACUUUGAAGUGAGGUGGAUUAGCAUGUGGGGUUGCAGACACCUUGUAACAUAUUUCUGUGGAUAAAUGCUGUGUUUAUUCUGCAGUAACCAUGUGUCAAUAUAGGGAAUCUAGAAGGAUGAAGAGACUGAAAAGUUGUUUUUCUUGCUGCACAGAUGGAAAAUGGCACUUUACACGAUAUAUGUAAAGCACAAUGGACAGCUAAGGAUGUGCUGACUGACUAACUUUGUUUAAGAGUCGCUUUGAUUUAUCUAAAAUGGGAGCAAGACUUUAGAGCAUCAUAACAUUGCCCUUAUAAGGCAAUUGAAACAUUUCCUUAAAAGGCAAUGUAAACAUUGCCUUAUAAGGCAAUUGAAAUGUUGCCUUAUAAGGCAAUUGAAACAUUUCCUUAUAAGGCAAUCGAAACAUUGCCUUUUAAGGCAAUUGAAGCAUUGACUUAAAAGACAAUUGAAACAUUGGCUUAUAAGGCAGUCGAAAUAUGGCCUUAAAG